UUUCGAGCCAACACAAUGAAACCCAUUUGCUUCGCACUCUGCGUAGUUUCGCUAGGCCUUUUCUAUUUGGCCAGUGCUGAGAUUGGUGAAAAUGUGAAGAUCCAGCCGUACAAGAAGUAUAGUUCAUCCUGCAAGGAGUUGAACCCCAAGAAGAGCGGUGUCCAGAAGAUCCAAGUGGGCUCCUAUGUAAUCGAAGUGUACUGCGAUGUGACAAUCGCCGGAAAGGGCUGGCUGGUCGUCCAGCGAAGAGUCAGUGUGGAGGAGAACUUCUAUCGCAAUUGGACGUCUUAUCAGACGGGUUUCGGUGACCUUAAGGGUAACUUCUUCAUCGGCUUGAAUAAUCUGAACAAGAUCUCGUCUCUGCAACCCCAAGAGUUGUACAUUGAGUUGGUGGACUUUGCUGGCGAGAAGCGGUAUGCCCACUACAGUGUGUUCCACGUGGGCAACGUGUACAGUAACUACCCGAUAACCCAGCUGGGCGCGUACAGUGGAACCGCCGGAGACAGUCUGAGCUAUCAUCUGUACCAGCCUUUCAGCACCUUCGAUAGGGAUAACGACAAUGCCACUAUCAACUGUGCCGCCAGAUACAUGGGAGCCUGGUGGUACAGGGAAUGUCUUAGCAGCAAUCUUAACGGUGCCUAUCUGGGUGGAAGCCACACCGAUCCCGCGCUGUUUGGCUCUGGAAUAGUUUGGGGAGAAUGGAAGGGCUUCACAUACAGCUACAAGACUAUUAACAUUAUGGUGCGACCGAAAUAAGUUCUUGAUAAUUUAGAAGUACUUGUUAAACUGACUAGAUAACUGCCUCUAAACCUAUGAGCUGAUUAGUUAUUUGCUAACAGUGAAAACCUACCAAUAUCUAUACAUUUAUUUUAUUUAUUUACCUUUUUUAGAUUGCAUGGCUUUUGUUUUAUUGGCCUAAAUAUUUGCAACAUAGAGAGCAAACAUUGUCCAUUUAUUUGAUCGCUAUAAGUUUGGAAUAAUAUUGCUUACUUCUUGUAAAUCGCAUAGUGCUGAUAAGAAACUUUUUCUCGCAUUCUUAUCGCCGUUCAAGUUCAAGUUCUCAAGUUAUGUUUGCAGAUAUCAAAUUGUGGUUUAUGAGAAACAUUUGUCGAGCAGCCCAGUUCCUGCCCAAGCCCCCAAUCCCGCGUUCUGUUGGGGAGUGUUGUAUAUCCGCUUGUGUAUCCAAUAACCGCAGCGCAGCCCCCAAAUGCUUUUGUUAUUUAUUUUCGGGCUUUUGGACUCUGGUGCACGGAUAAUGGUGAUGACUCAAUUGACGUACAAUGGCCAACUUUCAAGUGAAGGAAUUAAAGGCAAAGUAUCAUAUCAA